AUGCUCUGCUCGGAUUGCUACAUGCGAAAAGUACAGCUCGAAGUCGACGAACCUCUUGCAGAGGUGAAGAGCUACUCCCCAACCGAGUUUAAUGAGUUGAAGCAAUCUUGUGGAAUCCCGACGUCGUCAUACCCAGUCAAGCAACCCGAACCUAGCAGCACGCCGGAACCAGCGCCUAACUGCACAUCUAAACUCACUGGAAAAUCAGGUGACACGACCAACAUUAUCGCAAAAAGCAAUUCUGUGUCCACUGACUGGCUUUUGACAUUCAACAAUCAGUUACCUGCAUCUGUCAACGAGACUCUCACAGGUGGUGAAACAAUCUGCAUGGACAAUGUACCCAAAUGCAUUCUCCGCCAGAUCACUUCAUCCGACACAUGCUCCUCUCUUGUGAAACUUAGCGGUGCGGGUGUGAACCGUGUCAUGUUCAGCAGUUGGAAUCCUACCGUAGGAAAUCGCUGCCGCAACCUGUACGCCAUGGUGGGCAAGUACAUUUGCGUGUCACCUCCUGGUCAAACCACUCCCUUUGUUCCCAUUGACACAACAACCACACCCACAACCUCGGCAGGAUCCUCUUACACCUGGUCUCCAGCACCUGACCAAGCAACCAGCUCCUUCAACUUUACCACCAUAUGGGACUUUCCUACCGAGGCGAUCCCAAUCGCGACCGCGACACUUACACCUCCGGCUAGCGCAUAUGCUUCUGCCAUCAGGGCACGCACAUCACAUUGUCCCUUCCUGGGCGAAGAUACUGAUAAGUGGACUGAGGGAUUAGCCGACGACGAAUACCACCUACGCUCAUCCGAUCUAGAACCUGAAUGCAUCGACGCGUGGGAUCCAUACUGCUUUCCGGUCACCACUGGGCCUGUUCUGCCCAGCCCAACAGACAUUGCCUCAACAUGCUAUCCGACUAUCUCAACAAUCAUUCCUGAAGGCUUUGUCAAGCCCCCAGCACCCAUCAAUCUGGGCACUUCCGACAACUGCAAUAAAUGGCACGUCGUUGGACAGGGUGAUACGUGCGCAAUUCUCGAGAGCAAAUACAAGAUCAGCCACGCAUCGUUCAUGUCAUGGAACCCAUCUCUUACAGAUACUUGCAGCAACCUACGCACAGAAAUGGCCUAUUGUGUGCGCGUAUGGGUAGAGGCCGUCGAAACUCCAGCACCGAGCUCUAGUUCGACGACACGUGUUUCAGUCAGUCCAUCGUCCACAUCUGCUGGACCUCCAGGCCCUACUCAGUCCGGCACGUUUGCAUCAUGCACAAAGUGGCAUUUGCAGAAGCAAGGUAUGCGAUACAUGUGCCUCUAUCGCAUCUACGUAUGGCAUCAUUGUGAGCCGAUUCCGCCAGCUCAACCGGGGUGUGAACACGGAUUGCUCGAACCUGGUUACUGGUAA